UUUUUCAACGACGGGGCAUUGUGUGAGGAUAUUCAAAUAAACAGUCCAGCAAACUGCUGAUUCUUCUUUUUUUACUUAACCAGCAUAAGUGUUCGAACAACAUACAAAAUAUGGGCAAAAAGACUGAUAAUCCCGAAAACGCCGAUGGCCCCAUGUCCGAGGCGGAGGAGGAGGAGUAUGCCGUGGAGAAGAUCCUUGAUCGUCGUGUUCGAAAGGGAAAGGUGGAAUACUACCUAAAGUGGAAGGGCUAUGCCGAGACAGAGAACACUUGGGAACCGGAAAACAAUCUCGAUUGCCAAGAUCUUAUCCAGCAGUAUGAACUGAGUCGUAAGGAUGAGGAGAAGGCAGCGGGGGGCAAAAAGGAUCGUCCCGGAAGCAGUGCCAAAGUGAAGGAAACGGGACGUAGCUCCACUGGCACCGGUGUGCCAGCCAGCAAGCGCAAAUCGGAGGAGCCGUCAGCGCCCAAUGGAAAAUCAAAACGAACAGAGCCUGACCAGGAUAGCAAUGACUCGAACGGAUCGACUACUACGGGCUUUGAUCGCGGCCAGGAGGCGGAAAAAAUAUUGGGGGCCUCCGACAACAAUGGCCGCCUUACAUUCCUAAUUCAGUUCAAGGGUGUCGAUCAGGCCGAGAUGGUUCCGUCGUCAAUUGCAAACUUGAAGAUCCCGCAAAUGGUGAUUGGCUUUUAUGAGGAGCGACUCUCCUGGUACUCGGACAACGAGGACUAGCCUCUCUAUCAGUUACCCGGAGCGUGUGACCCAUGGGAAGAAGCCCCGACAGUACAUAAUAUUUAAACAUAUAUAAUUAGUUACGUAGUUUAAUCUCAAGUGCACACCCCCUUUUCAUUUGAGAUAUACCGAAUCACGAGAUAUGCGCUUCGAUCACAAAAAACAAAUAUUUUUCCUUUCUCCAUCCCAAAAGGAUUAACCUGUAUUUCCAUGUAAAUUGAAAUUAAUAAAUGCGAACUUGUUUUCUACACGA